AUGUUACAGAAUCGUCAGGCAGCUUACACUCCUGGUUCCCCUAGGUCCGAGGCCGAACUGGCCAUCAAUAUCAAGAAAGCGACAAGCAACGACGAGACGGCCCCGAAGCGAAAACAUGUGCGCAGUUGCAUUGUCUACACGUGGGACCACAAGUCCUCCCAGUCCUUCUGGGCUGGCAUGAAAGUACAGCCCAUCCUGGCCGACGAGGUGCAGACCUUCAAGGCCCUGAUUACGGUACACAAGGUUCUGCAAGAAGGACACCCGGUGACUCUCCGAGAGGCCAUGGCGAACCGCGGUUGGAUCGACAGUCUGAACAGAGGUAUGCACGGCGAGGGUGUCCGAGGAUACGGCCCCCUGAUUCGGGAAUAUGUCUACUUCCUCCUGGCCAAGCUGUCCUUCCACCAGCAGCACCCCGAAUUCAACGGAACGUUCGAAUAUGAGGAAUAUGUCAGUCUAAAAGUUAUCAACGACCCCAAUGAGGGAUACGAAGCCAUCACCGACCUGAUGGCAUUGCAAGACAAGAUUGAGCAAUUCCAGAAGCUCAUCUUUUCCCACUUCCGCAAUGUGGGCAACAACGAAUGUAGAAUUUCGGCUUUGGUUCCACUCGUUCAGGAGAGUUAUGGUAUCUACAAGUUCAUCACCAGCAUGCUGCGCGCCAUGCACUCGACUACUGGCGACGUCGAGGCUCUCGAGCCGCUGCGAGAACGAUACAAUGCGCAGCACUACCGAUUGGUCAAGUUCUACUACGAAUGCUCAAACCUUCGAUACCUGACCAGUCUGAUCACGAUCCCGAAGCUGCCUCAAGAACCGCCAAACUUGCUCGCCGAAGAUGAGGAUAGUUCCAAGUUGCCUGCGAGACCCAAGCAGGAGAUUGAGCGGGUGUCGACACCCCUUCCAGCACCCAAGACCGAAGAACCCGACGAGAUUGCCGAGUUCUGGAAGGGCGAGUUGGAUCGCCAGAAUCGCGAAUACGAAGAGCAGCAGCGAGUGCUUCAAGAGAGACAGCAGCAGGCCCUUCUCGCACAGCAACAAGCGCAGAUGCAAGCACAAAGGGACUUUGAGGAACAGCAACGACAGCUUGCUGAGCAGCAGCGAAGGGAGCAGGAAGCUUUGUUGGCUCAGCAGGCUCAAUGGCAGACACAAGGACGCCUGGCAGAGCUGGAGCAGGAGAACUUGAAUGCGCGUGCCCAGUACGAAAGAGACCAACUUAUGCUUCAGCAAUAUGACCAGAGAGUCAAGGCUCUCGAGGGCGAGCUAGCGCAAAUUCAGGGCAGCUUCGGUCAGCAGCUCACGAGCAGAGAUGACCAGAUUCGCUCGCUCCAGGAACAGGUCAACACUUGGCGGACAAAGUAUGAGGCACUGGCAAAGCUGUACUCGCAGCUGCGCCAUGAACAUCUGGAUCUCCUGCAAAAGUUCAAGACUGUGCAAUUAAAGGCUGCAUCUGCGCAGGAGGCCAUCGACCGGCGCGAGAAGCUAGAACGCGAGAUCAAGACGAAGAACUUGGAAUUGGCAGAUAUGAUCCGCGAGAGAGACCGUGCUCUCCAUGACAAGGAUCGUCUAUCGGGAAGCAACAAGGACGAAGUCGAGAAGCUCAAGCGCGAAUUGCGCAUGGCCAUGGACCGUGCCGACAACUUGGAGCGCAGCAAGGGUAAUGAGCUCUCUGUGAUGCUCUCCAAGUAUAACCGGGAGAUGUCAGAUCUCGAGGAGGCCCUGCGAGCCAAGUCGCGUGCUCUUGAAGAAGCACAUGCCAAGCUUGCCAAUGGAAGCUCGGAUCUCGAGGCACUUCUCCGCGAGAAGGAGGAGGAGCUUGAGGUCUACAAGGCUGGUAUGGACGAGACCUUGCUCAAGCUCAACGAACUCGAGCUGAACCAGGGCGGCAAUGAUGACACCACUGAUGAGAUGCUCAAGCAUUUGAUUGACGCCAAUCUGGACAAGAUCAAGGAAAUCAUUGACUCGGUGCUGCAGGCCGGAGUGGCUAGAGUCGAUGAUGCUUUGUACGAGCUUGACUCUUCCAUGCAGGCAGGUAACCAGAAUGCUUCCCCGGCCUUUGUCCUGUCACAGAUUGAGAAGGCCUCGGCUAGCGCCAUGGAGUUUGCGACACAAUACAAUAACUUUAUCGCCGAUGGGCCCAAUGCUGCUUACUCGGAUCUGAUCAAGGCUAUCAACGUCUUUGCCGGCUCGGCAGCUGAUGUCUGCAGCAACACCAAGGGUAUCUUGAGACUGGCCCCGGAGGAGAAGAGGGGCGACGCCCUUAUGAAUGGUGCCCGACAAGCUGCUCAGUCAGCCGUCAAGUUCUUCCGCGGCCUUCAGAGCUUCCGCCUGGAGGGUAUGGAUGAUAUGCAAAAGUUGGACGUGGUUAUCAACAGCAACAAUGAUGUCCAGAUGGACCUUCAAAAGCUGAACAAGCUGGUUGAGCAGUUUGCACCAGUCGCACGUCUAGCCAACAGCAAGGGUGAUAUCGGCGAUUUGGUCGAUGCUGAGCUGAGCAAGGCUGCUGAUGCUAUUGCUGCUGCAGCGGAACGUCUGAACAAGUUGAAGAACAAGCCUCGUGACGGUUACACGACCUAUGAGCUCAAGGUCAACGACUCCAUCCUGGAUGCUGCAUUGGCCAUUACCAAUGCCAUUACUCGACUAAUCAAGGCAGCCACGGUCACGCAAAGUGAGAUUGUCCAAGCUGGACGUGGAUCGUCUUCCAGAACAGCCUUUUACAAGAAGAACAACAGGUGGACAGAGGGUCUCAUUUCGGCCGCAAAGGCUGUUGCCUCGUCUACAAACACUCUUAUUGAGACGGCAGAUGCUGUCAUUUCUGGCCGUGGUACUCCCGAGCAACUGAUUGUUGCGUCCAACGACGUUGCUGCUUCUACUGCCCAGCUCGUGGCUGCCAGUCGUGUAAAGGCAGGCUUCAUGAGCAAGAGCCAGGAGAACCUGGAGCAGGCCAGCAAGGCUGUGGGUGCUGCAUGCAGAGCGCUCGUGAGACAGGUGCAAGCCUUGAUCAAGGAGCGCAGCUCAGAAGAAGACCAAGAAGAUUAUGCCAAGCUUGACUCGCACACCUUCAAGGUCAGGGAGAUGGAACAACAGGUCCAAAUCUUGCAACUCGAGAAUGCCCUGAAUGCUGCAAGGCAUAGGCUAGGUGAAAUGAGAAAGAUCUCAUACCAGGAAGACUAA